AUGACGAUUGGAUCCAUGCCUGAAACGAUGAAGGCGGUCGCGUUCGUCGAGCCCAACAAGGUCGAGGUCGUCGAGCGCCCGACGCCCAAGAUCGAGGCCGAGUCCGACAUCAUCCUGAAGACUAUCACUGCGGGCUUGUGUGGCUCCGACCUCCACUUCUACCGCGGCCAUCUCCCGCUCAAGCCCGGCUCGACUGUCGGACACGAGGUCGUCGGCCAGGUCAUCCAGGUCGGCAAGGAUGUGACCAAGUUCAAGGUCGGGGACAAGGUCGUCGUGCCCUUCUCGACCAACUGUGGCAAGGACACCUGCUUCUACUGCUCGAAGGGCCAAACCUCGCGCUGCCCCGAGGGUCUCGUCUUUGGUGUGGGUCAGGGCCUCGAAGGCUGCCAGGCGGAGUACGUCCGUGUCCCGCAAGCGGACGGUUUCGUCUUCCCCCACCCCAACGUUCCCUCAACGACUGCGCUUCUGCUCGCGGACAUCCUUCCUACUGGCUACUUUGUUGCUGCCGGCGGCAAGCGCCUGAUGCUCGAGGGCGAGGGCCGCGCUUCCACCGGUGACCUGGUCAAGGACGUCGAGGGCAAGAAGGAGGGUGUCUGUGUCGUUGUCGGCUGUGGUCCUGUGGGCCUGUGCGCGAUCUCGUCCGCCGUGCGCAUGUUCGACAAGGUGUUCGCCACCGACCUCGCCCCCGCUCGUCUCGAGCAGGCGAAGCAGCACGGUGCGAUCGCGCUCCCGCUCGAGGAGCUCAAGGUCGAGCUGGAGAAGGCGACUGACGGCCGCGGAGCCGAUGUCGCGCUCGAGGUGGUCGGCCACUCCGACCCGCUGACGACCGCGAUCGACCUUGUGCGCCCCUUCGGUAUCGUGAGCUCGUGCGGUGUCCACUCGGAGAUGUUCACGACGCACGCGUACAUGCUGUACAAGAAGAACCUCCGCUUCCAGUUCGGCCAGUGCUCCGUGCCGACGUACUUCAAGGGAGCGGUUGGUGUUAUUGAGGACAACAACGAACUCUUCUCCAAGUUCAUCCAGCACAAGAUCAAGCUCGACGACGCGCCCGAGUACUACACCCAGUUUGCCGCCAACAAGAUUGGCAAGACGGCAUUCGUCUUUGACGAGGCGACCGAGUGA